AAGACAUUUAGAGAGAAAUGGGACGUGAAAUGAUUAUUAUGAGAUCAUCAAGCUUCAAUUGUCUUUUGGUGGUGGUUUUAACGAUGACAAUUGCGAUGAGUUUAACGUUUGUGGAUGGAUACUACGGAUACAACGACUACAAUGCGCUGCCAAGUGCACCGCCGGGUGCACCAGUCUACAAGCCAUCGACGGAUUGGAAUUACGCUCAUGCUACGUUUUAUGGGGAUGAAUCUGUCUCUGAGACAAUGGGAGGGGCUUGUGGUUACGGAAACUUGUAUGAUAACGGAUAUGGAAUAGCAACAGCAGCAGUUAGCUCAGUGAUGUUCAAUAAUGGAGAAAUUUGUGGAGCUUGUUAUGAGAUAAAGUGUAUCGAGUCAAAGUGGUGCUACAAAGAUGGACCUAUCAUUAAGAUUACGGCCACCAACCUCUGCCCUCCAAACUGGUACCAAUCCGCCGAUGAUGGUGGGUGGUGCAACCCGCCUCGCUCCCAUUUCGAUCUGUCUAAGCUUAUGUUCAUGAAGAUUGCUGAAUGGACUGCCGGCAUUGUUCCUGUCCAAUAUAGAAGGGUGCCAUGUGUUAGGCAAGGAGGUAUUAGAUAUCAAUUCCAAGGGAACCCAUAUUGGCUACUAGUGUACGUUAUGAACGUUGGAGGAAGUGGAGAUGUAGAGAAAAUGUGGGUAAAAGGGUCAAAAAGCACUGAUUGGAUUUGUAUGACUCGUAACUGGGGAGCUUCUUUCCAAGUAUUCUCCGAAUUAGGAGGUCAAUCUCUCUCUUUCAAGGUUAAGAAUGGAGCUGGCCAUACUCUUGUGGAUUACGAUGUUGCACCCGCUUAUUGGUCUACGAGCCAAACUUACGAGGGAAAAAUCAACUUUUAUUAACAGAACGUACGACUACUACAUGAUUUGGGAUCGCCAAGUUAUUUAAAUUUUCAAAUGGUUAUAAAUUACUUACAUAACGAUAUAUGUAGUGUUAUUGAUUGCAUGUUUUCUUUCCUCAAAAUGCAAUCAAAAUUAUAUGUAAUACUAAGUGUUAUAAGAGGAGAAUCCAUCAUGAAUUUGCAAUUAUAUUCAUGAUGAAUGAAAUUGAGAAACGAAAUUGUAAAUGAUGUGUUUCCUUAUUACUUCAAA